AUGAGGUGGAACAACAACACCUCUAGCUUUGUCCUUAGGAGGAUGGCACAGCUUGUUAGUGAUGGUAGUAGACCUGACAAAGUCUUCAAGGAUAAAGAUGUUAACCUUGUUGCCAAAGCCCUUAAGGAGUACAGUGGGGAGGCAGUGAGGCCAACUCAGGUGUACAACCACCUGAGGAAGUGGAGGCAGAAGUGGUCUAGGGUAUGUAAGCUCAAGGAUCUGAGUGGGGCACUUUGGGAUAGUGACAACAAUGCUAUCAUGCUUGAGCAGGAGCAGUACUUUGGCCACUGCAAGGACCAUCCUAAAGAUGCAGAGUUUCUAAACUACCCUAUAAGGUUCUACACUGAGAUGGAGUCCAUCUUUGGCCAUGCUAUGGCCAUUGAUAGGUUUGCACUUGCUUCUGGUGAAGCCCUAGGGGGCAACCAAGCUGAGAGUGUUGCUGCUAAGGUAGAGGGUCCUUCCUCUACCCAUGUUCCUGCUGAGAAGACACACACUGAUGUAGGAUGCAGCAGCAAGGCCACAAAGCUCAUCUCCUCAGCUAUGGGUGCAAAGAGGAAGAGACGCACCUUCAGUGAGGAUGAGAUGCUUAUGUUGACCAACAUGUCUGAUGCUGUGAACAAUGUUUCCAAUGAUCUUAGGGAGACUGGACCAGCCCAUGUUGAUGCUGACCUCUACCUUGUUGUGAUGGAGAUGCCUGGUUUUACUGAGGAGGCACUGAUAGUGGUCUACACCUACCUGCUGGACAACAAGGCCCAAGGCAGGGGCUUUGUUGGCAUGAGUGACAGCCAUAGGAACAUUUGGCUCAGGAACUACCUAGCUAAGAACUACUACAUGUAG